ACGACCAACGCUGUUCGGACGGUCGUCCAGCUUACGUACUAUUUGAGCGGAAACACUUCUGGAAAGAUAUAUCAUUUAAGAAAUGCCAUGCAGGAAAUCUCAUAGAAAUUCUCAUCAUGGCUGUAUUCAAUGCAAAUCAAAGAGAGUGAAGUGUGAUCAAGAACAGCCUAGUUGCGCACGAUGCAGGAAGAAAGGCCAAGAUUGCACUUACAGGCAUCUCAUGUCAUCGUACAAUCCAUUCGAGGACCGCAAUCAUAUUGGAUCAGCAUCGACUUCUGUGACUAGCCCCUCCAUUAUUGACAAGCCGGUCUCACAACACGACCAUGAAGCUCUCGAUCUUACACCUCAACUUAAUUCUAUAAAGCAACCACCUUCAAUAGGACCAUCGUCAGCUAUAACGGUCCCACUGUACAGAGGACCUUUGAUGUUUGACCCAACUACCGAGCAACUUUUCUACCAUUAUGCUACAGAGGUCUCACCUGUCUUCACUUCGGUGGAUGUCCCGGUUGAAGUCUUAUCGAGCUUUCAUAAUGCCGUCAUUCGGCAUUCGUUUGAACAUGCUUAUGUCUAUCAUGCCAUGUUGACGGUUUCGGCGCUUCAUCUCGCCUCAUUGACAUCUGCUUCGACGCCUGCUUCUCAAAUCCGCUCACCGCACGUCAUUACAGCUUUGGCACAUAAGGCGUCCGCUCUCGAAACACUUCGCUCAAUCGUCAACUCGAUCACCUCUUUAACAUGUGAACCUGCAUUGGCCGCCUCGGGCCUUCUUACAGUAUGUGCCUUCGCUAUGCUCCAUGCCGGGGUCGCUAUAGAUGUUAUUGAUCUGCUAGCCCAAAUCAUGACCUUAUACAGAGGCACCGUGUCUAUCUUUCGGUUCGGUAGACAAGAUUCUAUCGCCGUCCUCAGUACCACAAUCCCUACUAUAAGACAGGCUAUUUUGACUGCUAUAAUAGGCGAACGACCGUGGCCAAGCGCCGAUGUAGCGGCUGAUAAAAUAUUAACCAAGAUCUUUGAGCUUAGCGAGGAUAGUGAUGACGCCAAGCAGAAAAAGAACGUCCUUCUUGAUGCAGGACUUAAGCUAAAGGUCGCGUUGAGGCGCAUCUCAGGAACGAGGGGCGUGUAUAGUGUUGCUUGUAUGUGGCUUGCUAUGGUACAUCCUGCAAUCGUCGAGUAUAUAAAAGCCCGGGAACCCUUGAGCCUCGUUCUACUAGCUCAUUGGGUAAUCGCUCUGAGAUAUAUCAAGCAUAUCUGGUGGGUCCAAGGUUGGCCUGAAAGGACUGUGCAAGCCGUGUGGCAAGAAGUUGGAGAGCGAUACCCAGACUUGUUCGAAUGGGUUUUUGAAGAGCUGAGGGACGAAGCUAAAAAUGAAUACCACUCGAUGUUAGAAGCGCGAUCAAUACCGGCCGGUAUUAUAGCACCACCGGUCGACUAGGCUUUCACAGCAAAUCAAGUAUAUUCUCGACCGAUACGUUCAUUAUUGG